AUGUCCAGCUCCUUUGCCUUAGAGACUCCAACAAGCUCCACCCAAGCAACAGGUCUGACAGCACCAGCAAAUGGCUUUUCUGAGGUCAUGAUGAAAUCCUCAAAUGGGGGAGGCAAGGAGGAGGUAGAUAUGGAGGGGCCUUCCCGGCGAGAAAUCAGAGCUGUGCCCGUGGGCAGGCUGGCUCCGCUCUUCUGCUCCAAGGAUUACAUGUCCUUCAAACGCCCUUGCCCCUUAGCACGAUACAACCGCACCAGCUACUUCUACCCCACAUUCUCAGAGAGCUCGGAGCACAGUCACCUGCUCGUGUCUCCCGUGCUGGUGGCAAGUGCUGUCAUAGGUGUGGUCAUCAUCCUCUCCUGCAUCACCAUCAUCGUGGGCAGCAUCCGCAGGGACAGGCAGGCCCGGCUCCAGCGCCACCACCACCGUCACCACCGGCGCCAUCAUCACCACCACCGCCGGCGACGCCGACACCGAGAGUACGAGCACAGCCACGUGUCCGACGGGCACACGUACAGCCGCUCCAGCCACAGGAUGCGCUCGGCCUGCAGCCCCACGGAGGACUGGCCCCCACCCUUGGACGUCAGCUCUGACGGGGAUGUGGACGCCACGGUACUCAGGGAGCUGUACCCCGAUUCUCCACCAGGCUACGAGGAGUGUGUGGGGCCAGGGGCCACUCAGCUGUACGUCCCCACGGAUGCACCCCCUCCCUACUCACUCACCGACUCCUGCCCCACUCUGAAUGGCGUCCUCGACUUGGGCAGUGGCCCCAGCCCCAGCGCACACCAGCAGGAGCAGAGGACCGGGGCCCAGAGUGGCCUCCGCACCGUCUCCAUGGACACGCUGCCCACUUAUGAGGCCGUGUGUGGAGCUGGCUCGCCGUUGGGCCUCCUGCCGCUGCCAGGACCAGAACCAGGGCCAAGGAACUCACAGGGCUCAGCCACCCCUACCCGGGCCCCAGCCUCAAGCCCUGCGAGGAUUGUGUGAGUGAUCCAACCCACCGGUCCUGUUGGUCCCUCCAGGCUGAGCCACAUCCUUCAGGCACACUCGGGCACACACACACACACACACACACACACACACAGGCACACACAACUCAUGCAUACACAUUUACAUGACCACACACACAGACACACACCCCAUGUGCACACGCAGACAUAGACGUGGCCCAUGUGAGUGCGGACAUGUGCAUACACAGGCCCCCACACCCACACAAAACCUACCUGCAAAGGUUUCAUUAAAAAUGAAGGUCUCCUGGCCUCCCGCCCCCUCCUCCCCGACCUGCUGGUUGUGCCUCUGUGGACAGUGCUGGGCAGAAGGGUGAAGCAGAAACCAGGCUUUCUCUGCCUUCUCCCCCGGCCUCACCUGGAAGACAGCGCAAAUUCUGAUUCUGCCUCCAGAAACUGCUUGAGCACCCCGGGUCAGCUGCCUGCCCCGGCCCCUACCCAGGGCUUGUCCUCCUGGAAGGUGGGGCAGGCCCCAGCGAGGUCCUGCUGUGUGCUGUGCCUCUCUCUCAGCUGCAGGGCAGAAGAGCCCCAACAUUACCACCCUGCCACUUACAGGGUGGGGACACAGGUCUGGGGGCACAGGGACCUGGGGUGGGGACAGCCCACCAGGCCCCUCCCUAACCCAGCACCCUCAGGCUGGUGGUGCUAGCGGAGCUAUAGCAGAAGCCCACCCCAAGCUGCAGGGGGUGGUCGGGGCCCUGGGUGGGCGUGUGGUGGAAGAGACGGGUUACAGUGGUCCGCACGUGGUCUGAGCCCUGCCCAGAGCAGUCUUCAGGGAAGAUAAGGCCAGCGCCGUUGCCCAGGUAGCCUCACCAAAGUGCUGUGGGCAUCACUCUGAGGCAGAUGAGGGCCCCUGGCAGAGUGUAUACUCAGCCAGCCACAGUGGCCUGAGCUCACAGGGACUAGAGCCACACCUCAGGCGCUGUCAACCUGCGUGACCGCUACAGCUGGGGACGGUGAGUCAGCGCAUUCUGGCCUUGACCCUCCAGGGUGUUCGCAGAGAGAAACUAAAGGGGGUAUGAGCGCCAUAAACACCAUCAUGCCACUACCAGAGGACCAGUGCCUCAGCUGUGCCGCCAGGGUCCUCCCACAGCAAGGGGUGUGUGGUCAGCCUGGUUGGAGAAAGGCUCAGAGCUUGGCCUGUGAACUCCGGCAGUCCCCAUCAGAGGCCAUGUAGGGAAGAGCGUGAUUCCUGAAGACCCAGGCCGCCAGGGGUGACAGCCAAGCAUCUCUGAAGAGUGUCCCUGCCAGCGGGGAGCAGGUAGCCCUGGCUCCCUCCCAUUCCCCCUUUGUCACUCCCUACACACGUUUCGUUUCCUCCAAUGAAGGGCUAAGACAAUUCAGUAAUCCCUUUCUUAGCAGAAGGGUGGUAAGAAUGGUGAUCUUGAAUUUUAUUUUCUGUAGAAAUAGCAUUUCUUCUGGUGCAGAGCUGAAAGGAAUCCACCCAGAGGGUCUGUCUGUAGCGUCCUGCCUAUUGCAACGUGGAGUCCCAGACUCCAGCUGGGGGAGGGACAUUGUUUACAAGCAGUUCUGUCCACCUUUGUGGUGUACUGUUUUCUAGGCAAAAACAUCUGUCUGUUGUACUGUAUAGCCUUUAAAAUGCACCCCAGGGAUGAGACUCUUUCAGGAAAUGCAUCCUGCAUCUGCGAUUUGAGCGCGGGGAGAAGAUAAAAAUCCCUGCCUACUCAUCAGUGUUUGAGGGAUGGAGCUGAGCAGCUUUUCUUGUUCCUGGACCAGGCGCUGAAUAAGCAACAAUGUAUCUUUUCUGUGUUCAAAAUAAAUAUAUCAAUAAAAAUGUAGCAAGAA